AUGAUGGAUGGUGAGAUGCUACACGAGACAGUGGUGAAGAUCAUGAUGGUGGUGAUAGUGAUGUUGAUAUUAGUGGCUGAGGUUUGGGCAGUGGUUGAUGGUGAUACUGAAGGUCGCAGUGAUGGUGAUGCUACAGUGGUGAUAGUGAAGAUGAAUCAAUGGUUAAAAGGAGCCCAUGAUAUCAAGAUGCCACAGGUGUCAUCUGUUACUAAGAGACACAGAUGUGUCCCACAAAUGUGUCUCGCAGCUGUGUCUUACAGAUGUCAGAAAGAAGCUUACAGCAGAUGUGGAGAAGGUGAUCUCUGCCAGACACACCUGGAGACACCUGGAGACACCUGGAGACACCUGGAGACAUCUGGAGACACCUGGAGACACCUGGAGACACCUGGAGCCACCUGGAGCCACCUGGAGCCAUCUGGAAACACCUGGAGACACCUGGAGCCAUCUGGAGACACCUGGAGCCACCUGGAGACACCUGGAGCCACCUGGAGACACCUGGAGCCAUCUGGAGACACCUGGAGACACCUGGAGCCAUCUGGAGACACCUGGAGACACCUGAAGCCACCUGGAGCCACCUGGAGACACCUGGAGCCAUCUGGAGCCACCUGGAGACACCUGGAGCCACCUGGAGCCACCUGGGGACACCUGGAGCCAUCUGGAGACACCUGGAGACACCUGGAGCCAUCUGGAGACACCUGGAGACACCUGGAGACACCUGGAGACACCUGGAGACACCUGGAGACACCUGGAGUCACCUGGAGACACCUGGAGACACCUGGAGACACCUGGAGACACCUGGAGACACCUGGAGCCAUCUGGAGACACCUGGAGACACCUGGAGACACCUGGAGACACCUGGAGACACCUGUAGCCACCUGGAGACACCUGGAGCCACCUGGAGACACCUGGAGCCACCGGGAGACUCCUGGAGCCACCUGGAGCCACCUGGAGCCACCUGGAGACACCUGGAACCACCUGGAGCCACCGGGAGACACCUGGAGACACCUGGAGCCACCUGGAGCCACCGGGAGACACCUGGAGCCACCUGGAGCCACCUGGAGCCACCUGGAGCCACCUGGAGACACCUGGAGACACCUGUAG